UUAGCCAAUGAACCACUUCCACUUCCGGUAAGGUAAUUUACAUAUGUUUAUAUGAACUGAGUUUGCACGAGUGUUUGAGAAUUGGGAAUUUAAUUUCAAUUUAAGAAGGGUAUUUUUGUUAUUUUGGGUUGUAACAAGAUUUUUAAGGGUUGUUAGUUAGUUGAAAAAAAUCUCAAAGAUGGAAGUGAUAACGCGGCGGAAUUUGGAUAGGGUUUUGAACAUCCUAGUACAGCAACAAACAACAUAGUUCUACUUCCAACCAAGUCCGAGGUUGUUUGUUUUCCUCUCUCUGUUUUUUUUUUCUCUUCUUCUUCUUUCACUUAACGAAAAUUUGAUUAAUUAAUUAAUGAAUUGCGAUGCUGCGUAUAAGCGCUUCAAUGGCGAAACUCACUCCUCUUUUCUCAAUCCUCACACAUUCCCAUCGCCCCUUUCUCACUUCUUCUUCCACUCUGAAACACACAUUCAACCGUUGUGCUUUUAUUCUCUCCAUUAACGCCACCAUCAACACUUUAGCAGCUCAAACACCCAAUUCACGUGACAAUGACAAUUCUUCAUCCAAAGGAACCAUCAAGGUUUCAGCCAGAACCAGAAGAAAAAACCAUCAAGAAUCACCUGAAGGUAUUUUACAAAAACAGCUCAACAAUUGUUCUAAAUCAGGUGAUGUUAUUCAAGCACUUAAUCUUUACGACGAGGCACGAAAAUUAGGUGUUGUACUCAAUGUUGAACAUUAUAACAAAAUAUUAUACCUUUGUUCUGUUCAAAUUGGUGACAAUGAUGGUGAUAAUGAUAAUGUUGGUGUUUCUCAUUCGGGUCUUGAAAGAGGUUUUGAGAUAUUUCAACAGAUGUUGAAUGAUCAAGUUGAACCGAAUGAAGCUACUUUUACUAAUGCUGCUAGGGUUGCUGCUGCUAAGGAUGAUCCUGACAUGGCUUUUGAGUUGUUGAAACAAAUGAAGAAUUUUGAGAUUGUACCUAGGUUGAGAUCUUAUGGUCCUGCUCUUUUUGGAUUUUGCAAGAGAGGGGAUGCUGUUAAAGCUUAUGAAGUUGAUGCUGAUAUGAUUGAGUCGGGUGUUAUGGCGGAGGAGGAUGAACUUUCUGCUCUUUUGGAAGUUAGUGUUGAGGUGGAGAAUGAAGAUAAGGUGUAUGAGAUGUUGCAUCGACUACGUGCUGUGGUUAGACAGGUGUCUGAGUCAACUUUGAAGAUUAUCGAGGAUUGGUUUAGGUCUGAAUAUGCGAUGAAGAUUGGGAAGAGGGAAUGGGAUGUUGAGAAAAUAAGAGAAGGGUUUGUGAGGGGAGGUGGAGGAUGGCAUGGUCAAGGGUGGCUUGGAAGUGGGCAAUGGAAGGUUGUUAAGACGAAUGUGGACGAGGAUGGAACGUGUCUUUCGUGCAGUGAGAAGCUCGUGAGUAUUGAUAUUGAUCCAAAAGAGACCGAAAACUUUGCUGCCUCGCUGUCUAAAUUAGCUUGCCAAAAACAACCUAAGGCAAACUUCAGUCAUUUUCAGAAGUGGCUUGAGAAGAAUGGUCCAUUUGAUGCCGUUGUUGAUGGUGCAAAUGUAGGACUUGCCAACAUUGCUCAUUUCAGCUUUUCUCAGCUUGAUUAUGUUGUUCGACAAUUGCGUGAAUUAAGCCCUUCAAAGAGAUUACCACUUAUAAUUUUGCAUAUGAAUCGAGUAACUGGUGGUCCUGCUCAGAGUCCAAAUAACAGGAGACUUAUAGAAAAUUGGAAAAAAAAUGGUGUUCUUUAUCCUACUCCCUAUGGUUCAAAUGAUGACUGGUACUGGUUAUAUGCAGCUGUUAGUUGUAAAUGCUUACUUUUGACAAAUGACGAGAUGAGGGAUCACUUGUUCCAACUUCUGGGUUCUAGUUUUUUCCCAAGAUGGAAGGAAAAGCACCAGGUUCGAGUAUCAGCCUCAAAACGUGGAGUUUCCCUAGUUCUACCUCCUCGUUAUUCACUAGUUAUUCAGGAAUCAGCCAAUGGAAGUUGGCAUGUGCCAACCGUAUCUAGCGAUGAUCCUGAUAUCCCGAGGAAAUGGUUGUGUGUCACUAGAUCAACGAAAAACUCAUCAUAUAAUCUACAAACAUCAACCUCCACGUCUGAUGAAGAAGAGGCAGUGUUAUGAUCUUCUUGGUUUGUUUUCAGUAGUCAUCCAAAUUUUUUCUCAACUGGAAUUGCAGUUGAGUGCAGCUGCGAUAAUUGCUAGGUGAACACAAGGCAUAAACAGUAUGAAUCAAAGGCCUAAGAGGGAGGAGUAUCUGAAAUCAAUUUCUCUCGUAUAUGUUGCCCGAGAACCGCAGGUCAAAUAGCAUUAAGUUUGUAUAGGAGCGAUUGAUUGCAGGAUUGCAACCUGCCGAGUCCAAUUUGCUACUGCCCCUCCGUUGUUUAAUUAAGCAAACAAUGGAUAACAACAUUAGGAUGAUUAUUAUUAUUAGGACCAUCGAGUUCGCAAAAUAUAUGCAUACAAAUUUUUUGACACAUUUUAAAUUUUUUGCUCCAUUGGUAUGUAACAGAUUGUAAUGGUAUGUCUGUUAUUGUGUUUGGUUCAAUAUUUAUAUUUCUUAAAAACCACACUUUGUCCAGAACUAUACUCUCUCUGUAACCUUUCCUAUAUAAAGGACCAUCAUAUCAUUUAAUGAA